UAAUUACCAUCAUGACUCCAAAUUUCAUUUCAUUUUAAAAACUAAAACUUUAUUCACACAGCUUUUAUUCUGUGUGUGAUUCGAAAUGUUUGUGUUCGACAAAUUUGAGAAUGUUUGAGGAUAAUCGGCCCUUGGAGACUGAGGACAAGAAAUCUUUAAUUUAUUCUGAGAAUUCUAUAAGUGAUGACGAAUUAAAACGGAAAGGAGGAAUGUUCGAUGAUAAUCUUCCCUCGAAAACUGAAGAAAGUAAUUUUUUAUUUUAUUCUCCAACUUCUAUAAGUGAUGAUGAAUUAAAACAGAAAGGAGGCAAAUGGUUAUUGUUUGCUCAUAACGAUCUGAGAGAAUUGGAUCGGAGAUGGGUUGUGAUGCAAAAUUUAUGCAAUAAUGGAACUCUAGCUGCAAUUAAAUCAUCCACCAUAGCCUGUUCUGAUGUUCCGCAAGUAACUGUUUGCUACACCACUGAUCCUAACAAUCAAGAAGAGGUUAAAUACGCAGCAGAUGAAAUCAGAACAUUAGUAGACUAUAAAUUUUCAAUGUAUUAUAAGGCUUCUAAAUUAUCUACGGGACUAAAUGGAGAAUUGGAGAAAAAGGAAAUGUACUUGUAUGAACACACAGUGAACGGAGAGUUCUACAGAAAAGACAUGGAUCAUUUAAAGCCUUCAACCAUAUUUUGGAAACCUCACAUUACCUUUAACGGUACUUCUGGGAAAACCGAAGGAGGGCAAAAAUGUGGAACACAGAAAAUAACAUUCACUGAAGAAACGAUGAAAAAGAGAGGCAGAUGGACAUUGCAUUCUUUCGGUGACUUGAAUCAAAUCGAUCAUAGAUGGGAGGUGUUGCAAAGCUUGUGUGAGAGUGGCGUAGUUACGUCCAUUGUAUCAUCAACAGGUGCUGGCAAUCCGAAAGAAGGUGUAACAAGAUGCUUCACUUCUGACUUUGAAAAUACAGAAGAAGUGAAAAAAGCAGCAAAAGAAAUAAGGAAUUUAAUAGAUUAUGAGUAUGUGAUGUACUAUGCAACGCCUGGAAAAGCGACAAAAUGUGGCAUUGAAGUGAUGUAUAAUACUAGAUACAUGUAUACUGUGAAAGGAGGCUUUUAUGGAAAAGAUAAAUACAUGAGAUGGAUUAGUCUGAUGACGUAAUAUUGAAAAUAGUGGGUAUUUUUGAUAUAAAUAAACAAAAAUAAUUAUUCUUAUUCAGAUAUUAGAUACAGUUUUAAUCUGAUUAAAUACAUCUGAAAUGUUCAAUGCUUUAAUUACUUAUUUGUACAGUUAGACAAUUAGUGUAUUAUUUUCCCUGUAUUAAACAAAUGUCGAAGACCUUUAUGAAUU